AUCAGAAACGGACGUACAAAAUGAAUUCCUCUGUUCUCUCUCCCCUUUUCUCUACUGCACCUCUCCUUCUCACGCGCUCAUCAAUGGCGGUGCUUAAGAUCCUCUUCUUCUUUUUCCGUUAUGCUUAGCCUUCCGCCUCUGCCUCUCGCCGGAAUCCGUCUCCUCCGCCUCCUUCUUUGAUUUUUCUUUUGCCGUGAUCGGACAAUGGAGUUCAGGUUCCGUGCCGGCGAUCAUCGACCACCGCCACCGACUCCGGCGCUGCAGUAUGCUUCUCCUUGCCCGCCGCCGGCUGUUUACUGCUUAUCUAAGCAAGGAUUUUCAGACGCCUGUCUCAGAGGAAGCACGAAUAUUGUCGCAGACAGAAAGCCGUUCGAUACCGACGAAGCGAUGCAUUGCGAGAUGGAGUUGAUGCGAUUGAGAAAAGAGAAAUUACUGGUGGAGAUUGAACGACAGCAGUUUCUGAAAGAGGACGCGAGGAGAGAACUAGUGUUGUUCGAACGAGAGAUGGCGAUUCGAGGCUAUAUUUUCCACAGACACAACCGAUGGGGAGGGCCGUUCAGCGCACCGGCAGCGCCAUUGUCAUUGCCGUCUUCAGCAACAGUGGUGCAGUCGUCCAAUGAAUGGCCGAAGGUCGAGCAACUGGAAAGUUCUGAUCGCCUUGGGUUUGGUGCAGUGCCGUCACCGCCGCGGGUUCGGCCAUUAAUGGUGGAUGACAAGACGGAGCGUCAGGUACUGCAGGAUGAUGAAAGAGAACUCAUUAUACUGGAAAAACCCGACCCGAAUGUAUUUAGAGAAAAGAGGAAAGCCGAGACGCCAUCGACUUUCACCGACGACGUCCAACCAUUCAGUGUGAAGCAAAAUCCCAAGGAUGAGUGGAUUUGUGUACUGUGUCAAGUUACCGUGUUGAGCCAAAGUACUUUUGAUCAACACCUUCAUGGCAAGAAGCACAAACGCAAAGAAGCAGGUCUGAGGGCUCAAAAGGCGAGCAACGUUGCGCCCGAGCCAUUACCGAACAAAAGGAGGAAGCUAGUUGAAGUCGAGGCGACGUCUGGGUCGACAUGUGCAGAAGUAAAGGAGUCAAAAGAUGGAGAAACUCUUCAAUGUGAGAAAACAGGAAGUAGUUCUGAUUUGAAAUUAGACGAAAACUUUAUAACUGAGGAUGUUGUUGUGGGGAAAAAGAAGUUCAAGUUUUGGUGUGAAAAGUGCAAAGUUGGUGCUUUUGCUACAGAGGUGAUGGUAGAUCAUCUGAAUGGGAAGAAGCACAAGGCAAGUCUUCGAUAAGAAGAAAGUUGAGAGUGCAGCAGCUGUAGAUACGAGUCGAGUCGAGUCGAGUGGACGGUCUACGACGACAGGUGUUGCCCCAUGGUUCGGCAGAUGAAAAAGGUCAGUGAGGUGUUUCUCAUGUUCUUUAAAGUGUGUCAAUAAAUAGAUAAAGAGCUAGAAAAUCUAACCAGAUCUGGGUAGGAAGUAGAAUUUAGAUGAACUUUUAGAAUUGUGAAGCUAAUUGGAAGUACUAUUACAAUUGACUUUGUUUAUGAUUCUAGCUCGUUGUUAUGGUCACGGUGGUGAUUACUGAAAAUUAUUUUCAUGGCAAGGGUGGGAGCGACGAGUAGGGUAAAGAAGUGGAUAGAGAAGUUGGUCAUGGGACAACUUCGAGUUUUAUGAUUUUCUUAUUUAUUUAAGAUGCAUUGAAUUAAUUUUAGUUGUUUGAAAUUUGUUAGGCACCCUUAGUUAUGGGAACAAUGAAAUUCAGACCGUUGUCAUGUUCUUUUAAA